AUGAGCUCGUUUCUGUUAGCAGUUGGUUUCCGUAUUAGUAAGGCUGAUUCUUCUUUGUUCAUCUAUCAACAUGGCUCAGAUAUCAUAUAUUUCUUACUAUAUGUUGAUGAUAUUGUGGUUACGGGCAGUAAUGAUCGGAUUCUACAGUGCUUCAUUGAUGCCUUAGGUCGUGAGUUUGAUAUCAAGGAUCUUGGUCCUCUGCAUUACUUUCUUGGUUUACAGGUCACAUUUCAUUCCAACGGGAUUCACCUAAAUCAAGUCAAGUAUGCACAUGACAUCCUACUCAAGCAUGAUCUGUUACUUAGCAAACCCGUUAGCACACCCAUGUCUACAAAGUCUCUUCUCAGCACCAAUGAUGGGGUUUUACUUGACAAUCCCACUGUGUUCCGCGAGAUGGUUGGCUCCUUACAAAAUCUCACCAUUACUCGCCCUGACAUAGCCUUUGCAGUCAAUUCAGUGUCUCAAUUUAUGAGCAAGCCCCGUGUUCCACAUCUUAUUGCUGCCAAACGGAUCCUUCGUUACAUCAAAGGAACACUGGAUCAUGGUUUGUCUUUCAGUCCUCAACAACAACCUGUUCAUCUCUCGGCCUACUCGGAUGCAGAUUGGGCUGGUUGUCCGGACUCACGUCUCUCCACCUCAGGCUACCUCAUCUAUCUUGGCAGCAACUUAAUCUCAUGGUGCUCCAAAAAGCAGCCUACCAUUGCUCGUUCGAGUGCGGAAUCUGAAUAUCGCUCCCUUGCUCAUGCCAGUGCCGAAACCACCUGGUUAGGCUACUUAUUAUAUGAACUUGGUGCUCAUAUUCAGUUCCCUAUCUUGCUUUAUUGUGACAACCUUAGUGCAACCUACAUGGCAUCUAACCCAGUCUUCCAUGCCCGUACAAAACAUAUUGAGUUAGAUUAUCACUUUGUCCGUGAAAAAGUAGCACUUCGUAGUCAUCUUGUUAACUAUGUCCCUUCGGUGGAUCAACCUGCUGAUCUUCUAACCAAAUUAACCACUUCAUAA